AUGGAUCCGCGAGCGGUGGCGCCGCUGGGCGGGUGGGGCGUCUCAGGCCGUCCGCGUCAGUUUGGCCGCAUGAGAGACGCUCGCUGGGUCGGACGACGUCGUGGCGGCGAUGGGUCCAUGCCUGGUCGAUGGCGCCGGGCAGAUGAUGCGACUGUGGUCGCCGAUGCUGAUGGCGAUGACGAUGCUGCUCUGGCGGUCUCGCAAACAAACGUUGUGCUCGCUGAUGAGUGCGCGUUUGACAAUGCCAGGGAGGGCGUCGCCGCCGCGGUCGGCGACUCGGAGCCGCUCGAGGCCGCCGUCGACGCGCUGCCAUCAUCGCGCAGGUUUGAAGUCUGGCGCGCGGCCCGGACGAGAAAGACGGCGCGCUCAAGCGCAAGUGUGGGAGAUGACGAGGGAGACGGAGAUGCGGACAUCGAUGUCGACGUUGAUGCCUUCUUUGCGCUUGCCGAAGACAGUGAGGCUCUUCGGCGACACGAGCGCAAGAAGAUCGUCGACAUGCUCUCGGUUCUCUCGCCCGACGUCAUGCGGCGGCAUCGCGCCGCCCUCGACGCCCAACUCAAUGGCGAUCCCGAGUCGGUCCGUACCCGCAAGAUCAUCACCUCGGGCCAUGCCAUAGUGGCGAGUCUGGCUGAUGUGGCCAACAGCUCUGAGGGCUUGUCGGACUCGGCUCGGGCUGCAGCGGUAGCUUCGGCUGCAGCGAGGCUCAUUCCAACUCGUCAUGAGUCCGACAUUCGCGCCGUUGUCCUCCUCCCGCCCUCGCCCGACUCGGAUCAUGUCGCCGUUCUGGCUCUGGACGCUCUGCCGCGCGGAUCAGAUGCAGCCUUUCGCGAGGGCAUAGCGGCGCUACUUGCUGGUAGUAGCAACGCCGGAGGAGGUGAUGAAUUGGUGGUGGCACGGAGGACGGUGCCGUUUGGCCUGGUCGGCUACUACGUCGAGGACUGGCCGGGCGACUGGCCACCGAUCAACCCGGACGGAGCGGCGCUCGCUGGUCUGGACGAGCUCCACGGUCCGCUAGUGCUCAUUCUGGAGGAACCGCUUGUUGACGGCGAGACGUUCUGGUGCCCAACGAGCAUGUACCACGGGCUUGGGGGUGAGAGCAUGCCCGGGUCGGUGGAUGUCGUCCGCGAUGAGGUGCUGCCGCGGGCGCUGGAGCUGUACGCUCAGCAGAAGAACGCGACCACUGGGCGAUUGACAUUGGUGAACGCGCUGGCUGAGGUCGGACUCGGUCCGCAGUGGCUGGCAAGUGCGCGCAGGACGCUGACUGGCGCCCGCGACCGCAUGAUGGCGCUGAUUGACGGUGUGGCCGAGGCGAGUGCACAUGUGCUCUCGACCCGUCUGCUGGCGCUUCCCGCGUCGGCGCCAGCGGCGGCUGCAGUCGCUGCCUGUCUCGACGUGCUCAACGAGCUCCUGCAGCCAGAAGAAAACGCGCUCUGGUGGCGGAUUGGCGCCAAGGUAGUGCUGAUGCUGCUGGCGGUCGAUGGCAGCGAGUGGUUUGUCCCGCGCGAUCUGGUGGCUAGCUACUCGCUGCGAAAGCAGGUCAUCGACCUCUCGCUCAUCCGCGCCCUACAGGCUGCGGCCGGCGUGACGCUCACCUCAAAAGGCAAGAUGCUGCUUGUGGCACGGACCUCGGGGUUUCAACUUCUCCGUGAACACCUUGCCGCCGUGCCAGGCGUUGCGCUGGGCGCUGUGUCCGCCAACGCACCUGAAAGCCCGGCGCCCGCCUCGGACACGUGUCUCGCGCCACCAGGCCCAUCGUCGCUUGCCUCGCCCGCCUCCGCGUCGCUUCUGAUCUUUUCAUCGGGCUCGGGCUCGGACUCGGGCUCGGGCUCAGGUUCGGGCCCUCGUCCUGGCCUAGACUCUGACUCGGACGACGAUGCGUGGGAGGUUGUGCGCGCCGACGAUGUGUCCAAGCUCAACAUGAUGUUCGAGCCUCUCAACAAGGCGCUUCAGGCAAUGCUCUCGCACUGCACGCGGGCGGACGACGACGAAAUGGCGGUGACGGCCGACAACCCGCAUGUCGACGAGCUCGUGGCGGCGCUCGAGGCGGUGCUUCUGGACGGGGCGCGCGAGUCCCGUCUGCGGCUGACGGCGCCUUUCAAGCGGGUCCUCAAGUGCCUCGCAGCCGGCUCGGGCGCGGUGGCACAGUCGCUGGCCGGUCUCAAGGCGAUGGGCGUGAGCUCGUCGGCGCUCCUGCGGGUUUGGAUCCGGGUGGGCCUUGUGCAGAAGACGCUCGCCGACGAUCUUCUCGCCGCGCUUGCACUAACCGAUGCGCCGUGGGCGCUGCAGGGCGCGCGGGCCACCGCGCUGGACAAGACGUAUGCAGCAAGCGCAUUUGUGCGGACAGCCGAGACGCGGGUAGCGCUGUACACGUUCCUGGAGUCGUUGAUGCGGAUCACGUUUGCCAUCGGCAUUCGCGACGGGAUGCCAUCGUCGUAGGCCGUCACCUGGGCUGUGUCGUUUACGGCAUUGCCAUCGGGGAAAAGCGCACAAGGGCCGUUGAUUAAAAGUACGCCAGCUCAUCGUCGGCCGACUUGCCCUCCUGGACCGAAUGGACCGAGUAGUCGCCGCCAAGGUCCUUGUAGACGCGGGCAUGGAUGUGCUCGUCGCCAGUGUUGAUCUUGAGGAAGUAGUUGGUGCCGGCCACCAGCUGGGUGCCGUACGACACCACAUCAAACGUGCCGUAAGUCUUGCCAGUCUUGCCCUCGAUGUCGCCCUUG